CAGGGCCRUGUCCUGGCCCGGUGCAGUUCCCGUGUUCCCGGACGUUCUUGUCCCGUGGCGACAUGGCCCUGCGGAGGGUGCUGGCGCUGGGRGCAGCCCUGGGGCGCCGCGGCUGCUGCUCCAAGCCCUCUCUGCCCCCCGACUUCGUGGAGACCCUGAGGAGCGUGGUUGGGGCCCCCAAUGUCUCCACGGCCACAGCGGUGCGGGAGCAGCACGGCCACGAUGAGUCCAUGCACCCCUGUGCCCCCCCGGAUGUCGUGGUGUGGCCCCAGGCMGUGGGGCAGGUGCAGGAGCUGGCAGCGCUCUGUCACCGCUGCCGCGUGCCCAUGGUGCCCUUUGGCACYGGUACCGGCCUCGAAGGAGGCGUCAACGCCGUGCAGGGCGGCGUCUGCUUCGACCUGAGCCGCAUGGAUGCUAUCGCGGAGCUGAGCCUCGAGGACUUCUCGGUGACAGUGGAGCCUGGUGUCACCCGCAAGGCCCUCAACAAGCACCUGCGUGGCACYGGGCUCUGGUUCCCUGUCGGUACCGUGGGCAUGAGGGGGGCCAUGGGGCUGGGAGUGGCAGCACUGGAGAUGCUGGGGGUGACUUUKGGAGCUUCUGAUCAUGGGUGUGCAUAGGUGUGCUGUGGUCCCAGGGCAGUCGCAGAGGUGCCUCUAGGACUGAGUGUGCCAUGGCUCCUCAGAUUCUGGAAGGGAUGUACAGAUAGAAUCAUGAAUGGUUGGUGUUGGGGGUACCAUUCCCUGCCACACCAAGCCCACAGGGUCCAUGCUGGCAAGGCACUGUGAGGAACAUCCACUCGAUGCUGGUUCAGAGACUGAGUGACCCCAGUCCCCUGCACUGCCACCCCUCCCUUCCCCCCAACCCCCCAUUAAACCUCUGCACCAGCACUCUCCAAAGGUUAGGAAAUCUUUUAGGACAACAGGAUCUUCUGCUAUCCCACGAUCCGCCCUACUCCAGCAAGCACACGCAGAUAUCCAGGAGAUGGGGGAUGUUUCUAGGCAAAUCUUUAUGCUGCUGGAGGACUUGGGGCCAAGUUUUGGAGGGGGCUGCCACUUGGUAGCUCCGGGAACCAGCGGAAGCUGCCCCCGUGUUCAAAAGGCACCAGUUUUGGUUUGCGUUUCGGUUACAGCUGGUACUGUAGCAUAACCCGAGACAUGAGAAUGCACAGCUUAGCCCCUUCCUGCCCCAGCAGCCCCCCACCACCCCUUACCCCCUGGGGACCCCUAUCCCCAGCCUCCAGCACACAAGGGACAGUACAAMCCAUCUCUGUCACACUGUCGCACCAUUAUAAGGGAUGGCUUCCACACCAUUAGACUUUCCUGGUCACUGUAGAAUGCUCCAGAGUGAAAUACAGAAUUCCCCUGAGAGCAGAGCAGCCACCUCAAAUUGAGCACCAUCUCAAAUUGAGCAUCACCUCAAAUUACCAGGCACAUCCUUGUCUCAAUAGGGACAUGGCCCCAUGCCCUCCAGGCCAGGACUGGCUGCSGGUUUUGCAUGGAGAGGACAGUGGGGAAGGAGUGAGCAUAGAUCCACCUCCCAGCUUUGCUUCGUUUACAGGCAUAGCUCUGAAACCAUUCCUGGCCCCUGGCCAGAGGAAGAGGAAGGGCUAUGAUGGUUGCAGCUCCUCACCUCUGUCCCCACAGAGCCCCAAUCCCCCAAUGUGCGUGGGAGUCUCUAUGUACAUGUCUGCUUACACCAGGUGGAGAGGACUCGCACAGAAGGGGAUGUGUGUCUGGGGAGGGGUGGGGGCCAGAGAGAAGGGACAGUGGCCCUGAGGCCAUCACAUGGCUGCCAGCUGGCCCAGCACCAUCCUGAACUGCUGUGUGCUGUUGGCGAGGUCCUUGACGCGCUCCACCAUGUCCUUGGAGGCGGAAGGAGAUGGAUAGUGGAGAGCAGCUGCCUUGGUGGUCAUCACGAUCUCCUUGAGCAUCUCGCAGAGGAGGUUGCUGUAGUGCAUCACUUUGUGCUGGACGUCCUGGGCCUUGGCCUGGCGGGACAGCGUGUCCCCAAUGAACACGAGCUUGUGGGCRCUGAGGAUGACAAACUUGCUGUGGGCCACGAAGAUCUUGGGGGGCUGGUUGGUGCUGACGGCGGUGAAGAAUGCGUCGACAGCAUUGGUGAGCGUGGUGAGGUUGGCCUCACACUGCUCCAGGUAGAAGAGGAGGAGCUGGCGGUCAGCAGGACACAGUGUCCCACCGCCCCGUGCAGGGCUGUAGUGCUGGGGGGGGCUCCAGUUGGACAGGUCGUURUCAAUGGGGCGCGUCACCUCCUGCUCCAGCCGCUCAAAUUGCUUCAGCUGUGGGAGAGACUGGUGUGAGGCAGGGCAGCCAUUGGGCCAGCACCUGAUUCCCUCCACGGAGCCACCAGCACAGGUGGCCAUGGCCACCAGCCCCAGGGAACAGAGAGACAGCGCUUGCCCCAGGACAGCUGUGCCAGGCCUCUCUCCAGGGCCAAGGUGCCUAUGCCCCUCUCCACUGGCAGAGCACAGGAAGGCAAGGCAGAAUGCACCAUGGGAAAAGGGCUGUGAUCAGGCCAGCAGCAGAGGUUACAAGGCAAGCAGGACCUGGGGCCCUGCCUGCCCCGAGCACUGUGCCCAGCAGCACCCACCUGCCUGCCCCAGURCCCUUACCUGCUGGUGCUCCAGCUGGUCCUUGCUCUGCCGGAUGAUGUUGCCUUUUUCCAGCAGCUCCUUCUGGGUCUUCUCAAACUCCUCCUUGCCCUGCAGGGGCAUGACAUGGAAGGGGUCAGCAAUAUCAGCCUUAUCAGAGAGAACCCCCACCUGCCCUGGGACAUGCCUGGUCCCCACAGCCCUCAAGCUGGAGAGYAAGAGCAGAAAACAGGUGGCAGAAGCAGAGCUGCCUAAUGCCCCAUCAGGGAGCCACCAUCACAAACGCUCCCUGUGGGAAGCAGCCCCCCUACCCAUGCCCACCUGGAGAUGGACAUAGUCGUAAUCCUCCAUCCAGCCGCUCUCGCUGUUUUCGUAGGGCCCAUCUGGUGAUUCCUGGGCCAGCAGCUUUGGAGGGGAGGGCAGGGGCCGUGACUGGAUACUGCUCGCUUUGUCAGAGGGGUGAGUGGACCCAUGGCCACCACUCUCCCCCACUGGCUUUGUCCGUUUGAAGAGGAGGGAGGCAUUGCCAUGCAGGAAGGAAGCCAACUGCUUGGUGUCAUCAGGAACACCACGUGAGUGCAUGAUGAAGUGCUCCAAGUCAUCCGUGCCUGGCUUGCUGCUGGCCAGAGCACUGGGGGCCCAGUGGCAAGCGUCCAGCGCUUGGCCGUGCCGUGCCAGGGCCUGGUACACCUCCUCCAUCUUCUGUAGCUGCUUGCUGAGCUUGGUGUAGAGGGAGCGGUCAGAGGCCUGAGCAGCAUUGCCCACUGCCCCCCGGGCAAACUCCAGCAGGUCCCGGAGGGCUGUCCGGACACCCUCGGCUGCCCCACGGAUGUUGGCAGCAUUGGCCUCCAUGUGCUCGAGGCUGCGCCAGUUGGUGCUGAUAAAGGACAUGAGGUAGGAGACAGCGCUGCUGACACCGCUCUGGAGCUUGGCCAGUGUCUCCAUGGCGGCAUCCAAGUCCAGGGAGAACUCCUUGCCGGCUCCUUUGGCCGGCUCCU